UUUUUAAAAUAUUUCAGUUAAAACUUUUAUUUGACGUUUAAACUUCAUACUUGGCUCAGUAAAAUGGUCUGUCAGUAAUUUGACAGGCAGCCAAUGGGAGCGCCGCGGCGCACGAGCCGCUCGCGUGCGGGGUGUGGGGCUAUAAAUACAGCCGGGGCAGGAGAAGCCCUGGGGCUAGUGAACAGCAGUCCUGGGCCAGUGAACAGCAGUCCGCACUGACGGCAUCCUCGGAGUGACAGAGGUGUGGCAGGUGCAAGCGGGACUCACUGCGUGCGGGGACUUUUUUCUUUUCCUUCUGAGUUUAUAACUAAAGUUUUCACUGCUCAACUUUCACUUACUGUUGAGCCCAAGAUGCCAGCUGGUAGUUUAGAGAAAACCUCUCCAUCAGCUGCCACCGCAGCAGGUGUGGACCCGGCGGCAGGGAAACCCCGGACUCUGUCCGACAGCAGAAAGUCCUCAAAGCCAAUCAUGGAGAAGCGCAGACGGGCGCGCAUCAACGAGAGCCUGAGCCAGCUGAAGACUCUCAUCCUGGACGCGCUCAAGAAAGACAACUCGAGACACUCCAAGCUGGAGAAGGCAGACAUCCUGGAGAUGACCGUGAAGCACCUCAGAAACCUGCAGCGGCUUCAGAUGUCCGCGGCUGUAAACACGGAUCCAUCCAUCCUGGGUAAAUACAGAGCUGGCUUCAGCGAGUGUGUAGGGGAGGUCACCCGUUUCCUGUCCACCUGCGAAGGAGUGAACAUGGAGGUGAGAACCCGUCUCCUCAGCCACCUCUCCACCUGUGUGACCCAAAGCAACUCGGCGAGCUUCUACGGACCUCAUCACGGAGCUCUGGGACAGGGCAACACUCCGACUCCGGCGCUUUCAGCUCUACAGAUGCCGUGCAAAAGGGGAUCACAGAUGCCCGCGACCGCAGAGGCCAUGAAACUGUACUGCGGCUUCCAGGUUGUCCCAUCUCCGGAUGGACAGUUUGCUUUUCUUGUCCCCAGCGCAGCUCUCUCGCCGCUAGCACCCAACGGCCACCAUGUUUCACCUGGUGCACCUGCCGUAACCUCAGACUCUGUGUGGAGGCCGUGGUAGCAGCUAUCCUGUGAAAACCGGAGGAAAAAAGAGACAGUAAAUCCUAUUUUUGUGCAUUUUGUAAAUAUGUUACACAGCCUCCUUUUGAGUCUCUUUAUUUCUUUUUUACUUUAUUUUUUUUAAAUGGACAUUAUAAGAGAUUUUUUGGUGUAUUUGAUAGUUGUAUUUUCUAUUUUUGAUAUGAUGCACUGAUGUGCCUUUGUGGGCCAGGAAAAUCCUAAAGUUCUUGAAAGAAAAGUACA